AUGUCUACCAUGUCGACUGUCCAGCGGAUGAACCGAAAAUUAUCCGAAGAACGCGAUGCUGAACGCGCCUCCCAGUUGGCCAAGGAAGCCGUUGAACUUUCAAAUGCUGGUAACAAAGUGCAAGCGUCAAGAAAGCUGAGAGAAGCUGCUGCGUUGGGUCAUGCCAACCCGGAUGUCCAGGCCGCCUUUUUCGCCAUCCAUCAUGAUGACCAACUCAGUUCGCCCCUGUUGGACCUGGUGAGGAGGUAUGCCCUCUACCACGAUAACUCGGCCGGCGAUGAGGCUAUCAAGUACCUAAAGAGCUCCGAGGCUUCUAAUGCUGCCCCGGUGGCUCUCGAAUGCUUGCAGAUCAUCCUCGAAUGCCGCCAGUCCACCAUGUCUGGUGCCCAAGAUUUCAUCAUCGCCGAACUCGCCAAACGGAGUUCCGCUGUUCGACAGUAUCUGGCUGCUGAGCUUCAGGCGUCGACGACCUCCUUCUUUGAGAAUGUCUACGAGAGGGGCGAUGACGCCGCCAAUUGCCUUCGCUCUGUCGUGCUCGAUGACACUUUGUGGCCAUCCGAGGACGUCCGACUUCGCGUGGAAGAUGAUCUCUUCCAGCUCUUCCUUGCCAAGUUGAUGGAAACUGGUCACGAUCAUGACGGCCGAGCUCUCAAAGGUAUCGCCCUAUUGUUGAUUGCCGACACGCAGCGGCUUCAUACAUUUAUCGAUGAGGAUGCGUUUGAAGCUCUCAUGGGCUCCCUGGAUUUAAGACUUCCUCCAGAUGUCCGGGGCCAGGCAACCCUCGUCCUGUCCAAGUACUUUGAAGUGGCGGAACCCGCCGGUCAAGAAUACCUCUCCAAGUAUAUCACGACCCACGUCCAACGGAAAAAGGGCGAUGAUCUCGUCCUGGCCUUUUCAGCGGGAGCAAGUCUCUUCCCAGUCAUUCCCAGCGUUGUGGCUCCACUCUUUUUGGUGGACGGCUUUCUCUCCUCGCUCAUGCCGCUUCUCGACAGAAAAUUCAGCAGUCCCCUCGUCCAUGACGCUUUCCUCUUCCUGCUCAACGCCGCCUGCAUCGACGGUGCCUGUCGGACGGCUAUCGCACAAUACUGUGCAUCUUGGCUGGCGGAUAAAGUGAGCAACGGUACUGGCAAACAACCAUCGGUGGCGGCCACCGUGUUAGCCAAGUUGAGAACGUCAGGAGUGAAGAUUGGAGAUCAGAGAGCCAACAAGGCGGAUGAUGAUGUUAGUGAACUCGUUGAUCUUUUCAAGAAGUCCCUCACCAUUGUUGAAGAAGGAAAGAACGUUUCUGACUCGAUUGAAGGCCUUGCGUAUACAUCUUUGAAGCCCGAGGUCAAGGAAUCGCUCGCCAAAGAUCGCAAGUUUCUCAAAUCCCUCCUUGAGGUCCUCAACGAGAACCGUGCUACCCCGGAAGUCGUGGUCGGCGGAUUAAGUAUUAUUUCGAAUCUGACACAUUAUGCGCCAAAUCUGUCGGAGGAGCAGAAAAAAAUGUCACAGCUGAAAGCAUAUGCGAAUGCUACCAAACCUGCCGAACCCAACCCAUUGGAGAACGACGAGCAUGUGCGGGCACGUUGCACGGCCGUGGUCGAAGCGGGAAUCGUGGCCUCAUUAACCAUAUUGAACAAGGGUAGAUCUCCGGCGACAGCACAGCUCAGCGAUAAAAUCCUCCUGUCCCUGUCCAAGAAUCCCAAAGAUAGGGGGAAGAUCGCGCAACAGGGAGCCGUCAAGCUUCUGGUUUCUCACGCACAGAGAAGUCUACAGUCAUCCGAGAACGCUCAAGCCAGCACCGACGCUGCACACGCUCUGGCGCGGAUCCUGAUCUCUCUGAACCCAGCGCACGUCUUCCCACCCGGAUCGACACCCGACAUUACUGACGCUGUACCACCGCUUGUGGCGUUGCUGAAGUCCCCGGGCGGAGCAGGUCUCAAUGACCAGCCACGAGAUCUCCUUCCAGUCUUUGAAAGCCUUCUUGCCCUCACCAACCUUGCAUCUGCCCCUACGUCGAACGCGGCGUCUUUCAUCAUCAAAUCCGCCUGGGACAACAUCGAAGAUUUUCUCUUAGGAAACAAUGAGCUUGUCCGCCGUGCGGCUUGUGAAUUAAUAUGCAAUUUAACAGUGGUACCUAGCGGAGCCGAGAAAUUCGCCGACGGAUCGAAACGUGCAGCACAACGAUUGCGCAUCCUUGUUGCGAUGGCGGACGUCGAGGACUUACCCACAAGACGCGCUGCCGGUGGUGCCUUGGCGAUGCUUACGGAACAGUAUGCCAAUAUCGUUUCGGCGAUGCUUGAGUUCAAACGGACGCCAGAAAUCCUUCUAGAACUAUGCAUCGACGAAGACCCGGGCGUGGUGCAUCGAGGCUUGGUCGUGGUCAGAAACAUGUUAUGUUGCGACGAAGCAGAUCGAGAAAACAAGCCUUUGGCAUUGAAAGUGAGAGAGGCAUUCAAGAAAGAAGGCGCAGUGGAGAAACUCAAGACUUCCCUGAAGCAAGCCAAAGACCCGGAACUGCUGAGUAUUGGAGUGCAAGCAUUGAAAGUCCUGGUGGACGAUCGGACGAAGUGA